GGCGGUGCUGCCGGGGCGGCCGCCGCCGCGGAGAUCGUUAGCUGAGGGGCGGGGGAGGCGGUUGUUCUCCUCGCGGGGUCUGCCGGCAGCAGCAUGCAGAACGUCAUCAACACGGUGAAGGGGAAGGCACUGGAGGUGGCCGAGUACCUCACCCCCGUGCUCAAGGAGUCCAAGUUUAAAGAAACUGGAGUAAUUACACCUGAAGAAUUUGUUGCAGCUGGAGAUCACUUAGUUCACCACUGUCCUACUUGGCAAUGGGCUUCAGGAGAAGAACUAAAAGUCAAGGCUUAUCUGCCAACAGACAAACAGUUUUUGGUAACUAAAAAUGUGCCUUGCUACAAAAGGUGUAAGCAGAUGGAGUACUCAGAUGAGCAGGAAGCAAUUAUAGAAGAAGAUGAUGGUGACGGGGGAUGGGUAGACACUUUUCACAAUGCAGGUAUAGUGGGUGCAACAGAAGCAGUUAAGGAGAUCACGCUAGACAGUAAGGAUAAUAUAAAAAUACCAGAACGUUCAGCAUCUUGUGAAGAUGAUGAUGAGGAAGAUGAAGGAGAAGCUGCAGACAUGGAAGAGUAUGAAGAAAGUGGGCUAUUGGAGACAGAUGAUGCAACGCUUGACACAAGACAGAUUGUAGAAGCUAACAAAGCUAAAGCUGAUGUUGGAGGGGAAGAUGCUAUUCUACAGACUAGAACUUAUGACCUCUACAUCACAUAUGACAAAUAUUACCAAACACCAAGGCUCUGGUUAUUUGGAUAUGAUGAGCAACGUCAGCCUUUAACAGUAGAGCAUAUGUAUGAAGAUAUUAGUCAAGAUCACGUCAAGAAAACAGUGACCAUUGAAAACCAUCCUCAUCUUCCUCCACCUCCCAUGUGCUCAGUUCAUCCAUGCAGGCAUGCAGAAGUGAUGAAGAAAAUAAUCGAGACUGUUGCAGAAGGUGGGGGAGAACUUGGAGUUCACAUGUAUCCUUUUUCUUUACUACACGGAAGGAGCUCUUUCAAAGGAUAGUUCAGAACAGGAACUUAUUUGGCUUUUUCUGAGCCACUGAAAUGCUGAGGAGGAGCCUGCUUUCCCUGCAACUACAGGAAAGUAGCUAGGGAUUAGCCUUACUAGGUGCAAUUCACCUUGGCAUUUGUUAAUAACAAAUAUUAAGUAUGUAAAUGGGAUUGUAAAUGUUUGUGUGGUGUUUGUAAGAUUUAUUGAAAAUAGCUCCCGGUUCCCUGCUUUAACUUAUAACAGAAAGAUCUGUAUGUUUGGGUGAGCAUCAGAUGUCAUUACUAGAGUUCUGCUGUAUUAAUUUCCCAGUCCCUGUCUAAUUGCUGGGUAUCAUUUUCCUAUUAGCAAGAAAUACUGUUGAGCAGACUACUGAAUGUGACUUCUGCUUUGUUUUACAGGAUUUCUAGCUAUUGCACAUUUUCCUUAACAAGAAACUCAG